UCUUUUUUAUCUCUUGAUUUCGUCUCUUCCAACUUUGCAAAGAACGACCUUCCGAUUUCAAACGAUCAAGCUGACAAGUUCAUAGAAAUUACAUUUUGGUCAUUCACUGUUUCCUGUGGAACACGUGUGCAUAGCUGCUUAAGCAAUUAAAUUGGGUCAAUUAAGUUGUUUAGUUACACGUAGACUUAUCGCGGAUUGGUCAUUUUGGUGCUUUUACGGUCCCGUUAUAUUCCUUAACAAAACAUUAUAUCUCGUAUCGUCUGCAUAUCACUUCAUCUGCAGGAAAGCUGGAAAGUGUGUCAGCAGAAAAAUGGCAGAAGAGAACUUCGGUUUGAGGAAACUAUGGACGGUUUUCUUUGUAAUGAUGAUUCUUGCAGUUCUGCUGGAGGUGAAUGCUGAAAAGAAAAAGAAUUCUGACGACGAUAAACAGAAGAAGAAGAAGAAGAAAGAUCUUCGAGACUACAAUGAUGCAGAUUUGGAAAGACUUUUCGACGAGUGGGAAGAUGCUGAGGAUGAACAUGAUCCAGACGACCUCCCGGAGCACAAGCGACCUUCACCGACUAUUGACAUGUCUAAAAUGGAUCUUAGUAACCCUGAGUCUGCCAUGAAGCUAACCAAGAAAGGCAAGACGUUGAUGAUGUUUGUCUCCGUGUCAGGUGAUCCGACCCAGGAAGAGACUGAUGACAUCACAGUCAGGUGGCAGAGUCAGCUUUUCAAUGCUCACUUCAACUUCCAGAGAUAUCCUGUGAGUAGCGAUCGUGUCAUCUUUCUUCUGACUGACGGAAGUGUUGCAUGGGAAAUCAAAGAUUUCCUCAUACAGCAGGACAGGUGCAAAGAAGUAUCAAUCGAGAGCCAAGUCUACUAUGGCAAAGGCUCUGGGAAAGAAGUCGGCGGAAAGGGGGUGCCAAUCGACAAAGAUGAAUUAUAAAAUCGUCCAUGACUUGUUGAUCGGCAUCUCAAAGUUUGUGGUUCAAAAUAUCAGUACUUUUUUUUACUUACAUUGAGUUGAACACACCGUUCAAGUCUUGAAUAUAUUCAAUCAUUUUUUAAGACCAGCAGACUAGGGGCCAAUUUCAUAGAGCUGCUUAAGCACAAGAAGUAGCUAAGCACAACAGAACUAUGCUGACCAGAACAAGG